GAAUGGGAAUUGGAUUGCUACAGCCGUCCGGUUGCGGUAGCCGGGAAGAAGCUCUGGGAAGUCUUGAUUACGGAUAGUGCGGGGUCCUUUCGGUUCCGUCAAACGCUGCCGUCCAAUCAAGUCAAUUCCAAAACACUCCGACAAAUUGUGGACGAUUUAAUGGAACGAGCCGAUGUCAAACCCAACACAAUUCGCUUUUUCCGUGGGGCCAUGUUCAACAUGAUCAACAUUGCCCUCAUGGAGCUACCCGUGACCUCCAAACCAUCACGGUGUACCUUUGCACUCGCAUCGUGGCUAGAAGACCGUCACGAAAACGUGUAUCCCCAAAUGGAAGGAUUCAACGCCAACAUGGUCGGCUCCACCAUUCCUAGCUUUCUGGACGUCCGGACCCCGGUGCGAUUGCCCGACGCACUGCGGGGCGAAAAGUACGCCUUUGUGGCCCUGCCCGUGGCCGAGUUUUUGCCCGGAGGCAGCGUGGACGCCACCAAUAUUGGUGUAGGACGAAUCUGCACCAUACCCCGAGACAUUCCCGCUGACGCCUUUGUCCAAGGUGUCGUUAUUCUCACCAAUCGCGCCGAAGCCUUGGCGUCCUGGUUGGCCGGAACCGAAGUUGUGGCUCUAACAGCCGAUCUGCGCAAGCGGGUACUGGUCAUGGAAACCGACAUUGAUACCCAGUAUCUCAUGGCCAAAUUGAACGAAUCGCAACGGGUCGAAGCCGCAUCACUGGAAGAAGGCAAGGCCGGUUUGAAGGGACUACAUUUUGUAUCGGUACAAGAAAACGAAGACUCGGAUCCAACAGGAUUUUGGUUGCUGCGGGAAUUGCCGUCAGCUAUUUGA